GUACGUGGCGUUGUAUGCAAGCUCGUCUCGUGCCUCAUGCGUAACGGGUAGCGUAGGUCUCAUUCAUUUCCUGUGGGCAUCUCAACGAGAGAGCAUGAAUUGGCUCCCGACAAUUACUUCGGCAGUAUAUAUUCGGAAAACAAAUGAGCGAAUCAAUUGAAAAUGGUACAUCGAAGUUGGAGCACGUGGUCAAGCGUCUUACUUCGGAAGAAAUCGAUAGGAUAAAAGCGCAAGAUUCCCGUUUGGUGUCCGAAUUUCGUGCAGAUCAACUUGAAAGGGAUGCAAAGAAGCAUUGGGAUUUAUUUUACAAGCGUAACGAUACUAGAUUUUUCAAAGAUAGACAUUGGACCACGCGAGAGUUUGAUGAGUUGCUGGGUUUGGGUGGCAAAGAGAAUCAAAAUGUCCUCCUCGAAGUGGGCUGCGGUGUCGGGAAUUUUGUUUAUCCGUUGAUAGAGGAUAGAUUGAAGUUUCGGAGAAUAUUCGCUUGCGAUUUAUCCACAAGAGCAAUCGAAUUAUUUAAGAAUCAUACAUUGUUUGAUCCAGCUACAAUGAAAGCUUUUCAAACAGAUAUUACAUUAGAGAAUUGUUUUUCUGAAAUUGAUUGUCCAGUUGAUGUUACAACUCUCAUCUUUGUAUUAUCAGCUAUUCAUCCUGAUAAAUUUCACAAAGUUGCUCAAAAUAUAUACAAUGCUCUUGAUAUUGGGGGAAUAUUACUUUUCCGAGAUUACGGAUUAUACGAUAUGGCACAAUUACGUUUUAAACCUGGACAUAAGAUCAGUGAGAAUCUUUAUAUGCGGCAAGAUGGAACCAGGAGUUAUUAUUUCUCUGCAGAACAAGUAGCAAAUUUAUUUGUAUCUGCUGGUUUUCAAACAUUGAGUUGUAGUUAUGUACAGAGACGUACAGUGAAUUUAAAGGAAAACAUUAAUGUUCCGAGAAUUUUUGUGCAGGCAAAAUUCAAAAAAUCUUGAAUAUAUAAGGAUGAAAUGAUAAUACAAUAAAUUCAGUAACAAUAUAUUUAUGGCAAGCUGUAUAAGGCUGUUGAAAUGGAGAUAAUUAAAAGCUUACAUGGUUUUUAUAAAUGGUUAUGGCUAUUAAAUUUUUUAUAAUAUUAUUUGACGAAAAAUCUGAAUUGCCAAACAAGUGUGAAUUACGAGUUACAAAAGAAAGUUGAUAUAACAGAGUCAACAUCUAAUGUAAAAGAACAUCCCAAAACAUCAAGUUAAAGUCAUGUUAAAAACUGUAAAUUUACGACAUCUAAUGUAAAGGGACAUCUCAAAACAUCAAAUUAAAGUUAUGUUAAAAACUGUAAAUUUACGACAUCUAAUGUAAAGAUAUUCAAAACAGCAAAUUGAAGCCAUAUCAAAUAUUGAAGAACUGUGAUUGCGUAUGUGUGUGUAGAUUCCAUAUACAGUACAAUAUUCAUAUAACCAAAAUGAUAUGGUUUAUAUUGGAAUCUAAAAAUAAAUAUAGAAAUUAUCUAUACAUCAUCUAUACACACAUUGUACAUGAUAUGAUAUUUCGAGUUUUCCGCGUUUCUAUCAUUAAGUGCAAAUGUCGCAUAGAAAUACUAGAUGAAACGAUUGAGGGCACGCGAAGAGUAGGGAGAGAACGAGCGGAAGCUGCAAGGCAACAAGAAAAUCAAUUUUGUGCAAUGCAAGUUGAAUAAAUAAUUUACAUUGAUUCAAGCGCAUCUCUCUUUUCAUUCCAACUAUCUUUUAUACAUGGAUAUUGUGGCUAUAUCGAAGUCUUUUAUUAUUUAAAAUAUUAAAGUGUUUUUGUCUUAAUCUUAUGAAUAAAAUAUGAAUAUAACUUUGUU